AUGACCAUCAUUGAGUGUCUCAAAUAUGCUACGACAGGAGACCUUCCCCCAAAUAGCAAAGGUGGUGCUUUUAUUCACGAUCCAAAGUUAUGUGGCGAAAAAGAGGUACUGGCCCAAGUAAAGCUCUCGUUCAAGUCUGUAUCGGGAGCGAGGAUGGUAGCAACUCGCAGUCUACAGCUUACUGUGAAGAAAACUACGAGACAGCAGAAAACCUUGGAAGGCCAGCUUCUGAUGGUUAAGGACGGCGAACGAACGUCUAUCUCUUCGAGAAUGGCGGAACUUGACCAGAUUAUGCCUCAAUAUCUCGGUGUUUCAAAGGCCAUCCUUGACUCUGUUAUUUUCUGCCAUCAGGAUGAGAGCCUGUGGCCAAUGAGUGAGCCCUCCGUUCUGAAAAAGAAGUUCGACGAGAUAUUUGAAGCCUUGAAAUACACGAAGGCUAUCGAUAACAUCAAAGCGCUGCGAAAAAAGCAAAAUGAAGAACUCUCUAAAUUCAAAAUCAUGGAACAGCAUGCCAAAGAAAAUAAAGAUAAAGCUGACCGCGCUGAAAAAAGAUCAAUCAAAUUACAAGACGAAAUCGAGGCGCUACGUGCUGAGAGCCAUGAACUUUCACAGCAGAUGAGACGAGCCGCCGAACUGGCAGAUAAGGCCUGGAAGGAGUCAGAGAGUUAUGCACAAAUUCUUGGUACUUUGGAAGGGAAGCGGAUAGAAGCUAAGAGCAUCCAGUCCAGCAUCACCAACCUGCAAGAACAUCUUGUCGAAGUCGAUGAGUCCGAUGAAUGGCUUGAAAGGACGCUGGAACAGUUUGAGUCACAGCAAACUCAAUAUCGAGAACAAGAAGUAUCAUUGAAGGAAAAAUAUGUAGAGCUCAAACAAGUAAUUGAAGACAAUCGAACGAGGCUAGGGCUCAAACAAGCUGAAUAUGGCAAACACGAAAAUGACAAAGCUCAGUUCGAACGACAGCUGGGAAGACGCGAAAAAUUGAUCAAAGAAAUUGCUAGGCAGAAUAAUAUUCGUGGUUUCGACCAUGACCUUGACGACAUGCAAGUUAACGAAUUCAUGCAGCGAAUUCGAAAGCUAUCUAAAGAUCAAAACCAAGCUUUAGAGAGAGCACGACAGGAGGCCCAGAUGGAACUACGUGAAGCGCAGAGCCUUCUAAACCAACUCAGCCAACGGAAAUCAGCCCUACAGGAAGUGAAAAACGCUGCGAGAAAGCAGAUAUCAUCCAAUGAUAUCGAAGCAGAUUCGUACCAAAGACGUCUUGAUGGGAUUGACAUAGAUGAAGGUAGUAAAGCUGUUUUGGAGUCAAGAAUUGAAGAGACCGAACGUUCCCUAAAUGAGGCGAAGGGGAAAGCGAAGGCCGCAUCCUGGGAUAGCACAAUCCAAAGCAAAACUGCAGAAAUUCGAUUGUUGGAAGAUGAGAGCUCGAAAUUGAAUGCAGAGCUGAUCGAAGGGACCAAAAGAGCGGGUGACCUUGCUCGAUUAGACCAUCUCAAGAAGGAGCUUAAGGACCGCGAACGCAGCCUCGAAACCAUGGAAGGAGCACACAGUGACAGGAUCAAGAAAUUUUUAACUCAGGAAUGGAACCCCUCUACACUCGAUCAGGAAUAUCAAAGAGCCUUACAGGAAGCUACCAACGCCUUGACGCGCGUUGAGCGUGAUAGGGACGGUGUAAGCAGGGAAUUAGAACAUGCCGAGUUCAAGCUAAAGACGACUCGAAAGGAUCUUCUGCAGCGGCGAAAUGAAUUGAAACAAUGCAUUCAAAAAAUACGAGACGCUGUUGACGACGAACCCGCUGAAUAUCCUGACAUUCUGAAACAGCGACAAGUGCAGCUUGACAUGGCUAAGAAAGAUGCCGACCAGUAUGCCGGACUGGGAGAGUACCUCAGCAAGUGCAUGGACGCGGCUAGGCAAAAGAAGGUCUGCCGAAUGUGUUCCAGACCCUUCAAAACUGAAGGUGAAUUCCAAAUUUUCCUGAAUAAACUCGAUGCUCUGGUAAAAAGAGCUACUCAGGAUGCUGUCGAUGAAAGCAUGCAGCAGCUGGAGGAAGACCUAGAAGCGGCUCAAAGUGUUUCUACCUUCUAUGAUACUUGGGUUCGGCUUUCGAGUACUGAAAUUCCAGCUCUUGAAAAGGAGGAAUCUCACCUAGAGUCCCAACGAGAGAUUUUACUCUCCCAGGUCGAGGACCAUGACAAGAUUGUUAGCGAGCGUGUGGAAUCAAAAAAGAACGUGGAAUCGCUAUCGAAAACAGUUGCGACGGUUUCAAAAUACGAUAGCGAAAUCAAAACCCUUCGAUCGCAGAUCCAGAACCUUUUGGCAAACCAACAAGAUGUGGGCGGCACACGGACAUUAGAAGAUAUCCAGGAGCAGAUUUCCGCGAUUGGGGAAAAGUCGCGUGAGUUCCAGAAAGUCAUUUCCAAGUUGAAUAACGAGAAGGAUCAGUCGCGAACUGAGAUUACAGCCCUCGAGUUGAAACUUCGAGAUGUGCGAAAUAACCUGGACAACGCCAACUAUCAUCUGGAGAAAAAAGCGAGCCUUGCUGCCCGUGUUGAAGAAUACCGUAACCUAAAUGCCAAGCAGCGGGAAGCAAUUGAACAAGCUGACCAAGAUAUUGAGAGUCUUGCUCCUGAGGUUUCGAAGGCACAAGCCCUGUAUGACGACAUUAGCUCCCGGGCUGGAGCUAGAGAAAGGGAGCUACAACAAGAAGCGUCCCAACUGUCCGACAGUUUGCAUCAACUUAGCCUGACGAACGAAGAGAUCACGUCUUACAAUGACCGAGGCGGUCCGGCACUGCUGGCCAAGUGCGAAAAGGAAGUACGCAAUAUAGAAACCGAAAUUGCAAGCCUGGAAAGAGAACAGGGGUCAAUAACGAAGGACAUCAAUGCGAUUUCAGCCCGGCUUAAGGAUAGCGAAAAUACAAAGCGACAGUACGCUGAUAAUUUGCGAUAUCGGCGGGAAACAGCAGCGCUUGAAGAUGUCAACGCAACCAUUGAAGAGUUAGCUGCGCAGAAUGCGGAAGUGGACCGAAGCCGCUUUAGAGAAGAGUCAGAACGACGAACACGAGAGCACAACGCCCUAUCAGCGCGGCAGGCAAGCAAGAUGGGAGAAAUGAAAUCAAAGGAUGAUCAACUCAUGCAGUUACUGGCUGAUUGGAAUACUGACUACAAAGACGCUGCGGUUAAGUUCAAAGAGGCCCAUAUCAAGGUGGAAACAACAAAAGCGGCGGUUGAUGAUCUUGGUCGCUAUGGCAGUGCGCUUGACAAAGCUAUCAUGAAAUAUCACAGCUUGAAAAUGGAAGAGAUUAACCGUAUCAUCGAAGAACUUUGGCAAAAAACAUACAGGGGAACGGACGUGGACACUAUCUUAAUCCGCUCUGACAACGAGAACGCCAAGGGAAACCGAUCCUACAACUAUCGCGUGUGCAUGGUCAAACAGGACGCAGAGAUGGAUAUGCGCGGCCGAUGCAGUGCUGGCCAAAAGGUCCUGGCUAGCAUCAUCAUCCGUCUAGCGCUUGCGGAAUGCUUCGGUGUCAAUUGCGGCCUGAUCGCCCUCGACGAGCCGACAACGAAUCUUGACAGAGAUAAUAUUCGAUCCCUGGCAGAAUCGUUGCAUGAUAUCAUCAAGUCACGCCAGCAACAGUCUAAUUUCCAGCUCAUUGUCAUUACUCACGAUGAGGAAUUCUUGCGACAUAUGCAAUGUGGCGAUUUUAGUGAUUACUACUAUCGUGUCUCGAGGAAUGAAAGGCAAAAGUCUAUUAUUGAGAGGCAAUCUAUUGCGGCUGUCAUGUGA